AUGAAGCCGGCAUCAGUGGCGGUGACGUUAAGUUCGGCCUCGGCGGCGUCGGCUCUGAUCGCCCUGCUCAUCUACCUGCCGCAGAUGUACUGGGAGAUGACCGAACUUCAGCUGGAAAUCGUCCAUGUUGUCCAGAGCUUCAAGGUGCUGAACAACAAGCUCGACGAGUACAAUUGUGUCGGCUUUCAGGUCGAUACGGACUCGGUUUGGGUCGACCUGAUGGACAUCCAAAUCCAGCACUCGCCGCCGUCGAAACCACGAGAGAAUCCGCUUCUCCGCCGUGAUAAGAGGUAAUUUUUCGGUCGCAUUUGGAAUGGCUUGAGCACUUUGAUGAUGGGUUACGGUAGGGGAAAAGUCUGCAUUAUGUCGUGAGGUGUAUUGAGAGUUUGAAAACGACACCUCAAAUUUGCUCUUGGUGGUCUAAAUUCUAUAUAAAUCAUGAAUUUUCGUUUUAUCAUAAAAAAAAUUAUGAAAAAAAUAAAUUCAUCCGUUUAUAGAUCAAAAUAAAAUAAGGCCCGAAUUACUCAGAUCAAAGCUUUUUCAUUCUUAUGACGUCAUUUUUUUAUGCUUAGAAUGACGUCAUCGAUCCAUUCCAAAUGCGGUCACUGUGUCGGAAACCCCAUAUAAUGCGUACUGUAACAGUACUGAACCCGAAAAAUGCAUUGGGAAAGAGAAGCUUUUACAUUUUGAUGACGUCAUUUUUCCCUAGUGUAGAAUGACGUCAUCGAUCCAUUCUGAAUGCGGUCAUCGUGACAUAAAUCAAGUAUUAUCUAUACUAUUACUGAAACCGAAAAAUGACAAAAAAGAGGUCACGGUAGAGCCAUUCCGAACGCGGCCAUUGUGACGUGGAUUCCGUAAAGUCUUUACCAUGAUUGAAGGUCAAAAUAGCAUAAAAUGCGUUACGGUAUAGCCAUUCCAAAUGCGGCCAUCAAAUGGACAUUGAAAAUCUACAGUAACCUUUCAUAAGCCAGAUAAAAUUUUGUAAAACCCAAAAAAGCAAAGAAAAUUUUAAAAAACGCAAUUUUUGUGGGUUUUCCCUGAAAAUCAGUCUAGGCUGCUAUGAAUGAACUAUCAUUAGAAAACUUACGGAAAAAUGGAAUUUUCCUCAGAUUCGCUCCCCUGCCGGACUGGUGCCAAUGCGACACGGCUCCUCAAUGUCCACCUGGACCCCCAGGACCACCCGGAGCUGCUGGAACUCCUGGAAGUUGGUUUUUUACCUGAAAAGAAGUGGUCGAAAAAUUGGCAAAAAAAUUUAUUGAAAGUGCGCUCCACGGAACUUGCCUUUUUAACCAAAAUUUUGAAGUAGAGAAAGCAGAAAGAAAAAAAAUAGAGAAAUUGGCUUUAUUCAUCCUACAAUGACGGUAUCAUCAUGUGAACGAAGCUUCAAACUGACAAAAUUUCAUGAAAUUUUUAAUAAAGGGUACCAAAAAAGCUUCUUAUCUCCUUGUCAAUUUUAAUUUUGAGGGGUAGAAAGAAAAAAAAUUUUUUUAUCACUCGGCUCCAAAAAUUAUUGAAAGUGCGCUCCACGGAACUUGCCUUUUAACCAGAAUUUUGAAGUGGAGAAAGCAGAAAAAAAAGAAAAAAUAGAAAAAUUGGCUCCAUUCAUCCUGCGAAUGACAGUAUCAUCAUGUGAAGGAAGCUUUGAACUGACAAAUUUUACGGAAUUUCGAAUAGGGUACCAAAAAAAGCUUCUUAUCUAUCAAUAAGCUCUUUUCAAUUUUAAUUUUGGGGACUGGACAGAAAAAUCUUUUUAAUAGGCAUUUUUUAUCACUCGGCUCGAUUUUCGCGCUCAUUUUUGUACCCAAAAAAAGCUUGAAACUUUAAAAAAGCCUUUGAGAAUCAUAGAUUGAAAAAAGGAGCUCAUUUUUCAUAGAACAAGCCUUUUUUGGGUUUCAUUCGAAGUUUUGAAAAAUUUUGAUGACUCUUUUUUGAAGUUUGACAUGAUUAUGACGUCAUUGGAGGUUUGAAUGACCUUAAUUUCGAAUUUUUCAUGAACUUAUCUUCUUAAAAUGAACAAAAGCAUCUUGUGAACUUUUCAAUGGACCCCAUCAAGACAUCGAAGACCCCUUUUUUCAGUGGCCGGCCAGCCAGGACCCAACGGAAUGGACAACCCGAACAUGGUGACCGGACCGGCGUGCGACGUCAAGCAAACCGGCUGCAUCAAGUGUCCGGCAGGACUAGCCGGACCAGCGGGACCUCCAGGCCCUGCCGGAGUCGCCGGUCCUGACGGUCAGCCCGGAACUCACGGUCUUCCGGCCGCCGGACCUGGCUCUCCAGGACCCGACGGACCGCCCGGCGAUGCCGGACUCCCCGGUCAGGACGGCGUCCCCGGAGAAGCUGGACCGGCUGGAAAGGACUUCGAGGUGCAGAAAGGCACGCCGGGUGCUCCUGGAUCUCCUGGAGCCCAAGGACCGAUUGGACCUCCUGGAGAAGAUGGGAAAGCUGGAGCUGACGGACCUGAAGGCGAGGAAGGACCGGCUGGAACCCCUGGAGCUCCCGGAACGGCCGGAAAUCCGGGAGUCGACGGUGUCGCCGGCGGGGUCGGUAUUCCAGGUGAGAAAUUUGAAAUUGUAGAUUUACAGGUAGAAAAUCGGCUUCAGGAUACUUUUUUAAGGUUUUGAACCUACAAAUGUUUGGUUUUUUUGUUUGAGUGAUGAAAAGGAUUUUUUUGAUGUUUUCUAUUUUUUUCCGAUUUCCGAGUAUUUUUUUGAAUAUUUUUGAGUGUAUCCUAUGUUACAAAAACUUCCAAUGAAAAUUUAGAUUUUUUUGUCAUUUUUGAGGCAUUUAUUGGAGUAUCUAUACAAAACCACGAUUUUUUUCUCAGGAAUUUCGAGCUCUUUUUUUCUCCAUCAAAACGUUUCCCUCAUGAAAUUCACUUUUUUUACAGAUUUUUCUAGCCUUUUUUUAGAUCAUUUUUUUGACGCGAUUCCAUCCAAUUUUUUUGUACAGAAUUUUGUAAAAACUACACUUUUAUCCUUGGCGCGCUUUUAGUUGUGAAAAAAUAGCCUUUUUAUUUUUGUGAAUAUCGCCAAACUUACAGGCCACGACGCUGAAUACUGUCCCUGCCCACCCAGAUCCGUCGUGUUCCUCCGAAGGCUCCUACAAUAG